CAUGCAUGGCAUAUAGUUCGUCGACGAGCGUGACCAUUGUUUUCUCUGCAAUCACCUCACCUCUCAUUUCGUAUCUUGCAUGCAUCGAUGUACAAUCUUCUCAAUAGAAAGUCACAGGUUGAUGCCAGUUCUCGUCUGAAUCCUGCAGAUGCUGAGCUCGGUGUUCUAUGUGGUGUUCUGGACUUAGCUAUGGUGGGUGUUUACCUUUCAUAAAACAAUAUAGCGGUUUCAGCAUUAUGAAAUCUUUUCCUCAGCAGAAAGUCGCAAUGCCAGUUCUCGCGUGAAUCCAGGAGGAGUAUUAGACUUGUGAUCAACCAGUCAGUUUGGAUCUGAAGUUAAUACCCGAAGUUUGGAGUUAUCUUUCAUUGUUGCUGCCUAAGAGAAACAAAGUAAAGAUGGAGGAAAUAAUGAAGCCCAGGAUUAUAGGGAUACAAAAUGAAGAUGCCUUUAUAUUGGUCGACCGUCUCAUCAAUUUCCCUGGAUAUGGCUGGGGUGGUUCGGCAUUCUCCGAGAGGCUCGACCUUACUAUUGACUGGAUACGAUUACCAGCGUUGCAAGACAGGGUGGUGGAGUGGAGCAAGGAGCACCCGAUGAUAUGGAACACUGGAAUUGGACCUGCAGCUUCCUUUUUGCCCACUCUUACCAGGCUCUUGUUCGAGCGCACCAAGGACAUCUAUGGUCCGUAUGACAACAUUACACGCGUGAGGCUCCCACCGCCAUGCGCCUCGGCAGCAAGGAGCACUAGCAGAGACCAGGAGUAUCGGUUGGCGUUUGAUGUGCUCACAGAAUUGGCAAGAACCCUGCUGGAGACAUCGCUGCCAGAAGACGUCAAGCAGAUCGCUGCGGAAGAGAGCUACUUUGGCUACAGCAAACUCUCUGACUACCUGAUGCUCCAGGCUUUUGGACAGAACUCCAUUUUGUGGAUUGGGUUAGAUUAUUCCAUACGGAGUGACCCUAUCUUUGAGCUCCAACCUGUACUUUCUCCAAUAGUAGAAAGGAUCAGAGAAGCGUUGGAAGGGAAGCGGCAUCUGUUGCUCGUGGAAAACCUGCAUGUUCCCGUCUCAUUGGAUGUGUUGGUUUCCACCAUGGGCGACCGGCGGCCCUCUGUAUUGAAUAACCGGCGGUGGCUCAUCUCAACCACUUCCAAAGAUGUCUGUGAAAAAAGCAGAGGUGAUAAAGGAUAUGAUUUCUGGGUCUAUCAUUUAACUCCGGAAUAUUACUAUGCACCAUCUUUUAGUGAUCUCCGUGAGAGAGACUGGGCUGUGUUGAUUAAAGAGGCCUUACUGGAUGCAGCCAGAUCCAUUUAUAGCACACUCGAGGACAAAGGAUACCCUGUCAAGUUUUGGCUCCACGUAGCUCAGCAAUGCCUGUACUAUGGUAUCCUCUACCAUAAACUGCAAGAAGAUGAUGGAAGCAAGGCAAGCAACGCCUCCUCUAUUACUUCUGAUGAACUAGUUCGCUGUUGGGUAGCUGAGGACCUGCUUUUCUCAACAACAGUCUCCACCAAUACACAAGAAGCCACUGUCAAGGAACAAAGCAACUACUACAGGUCUGCAUAUGAAGCUGGGAAAGUCGUGAUUGAAGCCUUGCAUGAAUAUUCAUUACUUCCAAUAUACUCAGUUUCCACCUCAACAGUAAGCAAUUCAUCCCCAAUAGAUGUCAACACUGGUGUGUCAAAGUUAGCUGGCACUGUCCCACGUCUCAGACAAGAUGAACUCAAUACUCAUGUGAAGAAGAGCAACCAAGAUGGGUCUCAUUUUUGAAUGAUGAUGGUAGGCAUGUAAGCUGGAA